UUACACUCCGUCAUGUUUCAUAGGAAUAUAUGUGUGUACAUGUACUGCAGUUUGUAUACUGUGUACUUCAUGUUCACAUUUGUUUAUAAUGAGCUCCAUUUUACAGCUUUAAUCUCCAUUUUAAUGAUAAAGUACUCAAGUAUAAUCACUUGUACUGGAGUAUUUCCAUUAUGUACUACUUCAUACUUGUACUCCAGUCUGUUUAUCUUACAGCUUUAGUUACUUUGAACAUUUUUAUUAUUAAUAGCAAAAAACAGCAGUGUGUAUUAAAUGAGCUCCCUCAGCUGAGGAACACGUGAAAUGGGCCAUUCUGCUUUAUGAGUACUUUUAUUUUACUUUAUGUAUAUUUUGAUGUUAUUAACUUUAUACUUGUGCUUUUUUAAAAUUUUUACAAUUUCUACACUGCGGAAUUAGUACUUUUACUCAAAGAUUAACAUACUUCAAUUUGUUGUUCUUAUUUCUGAAUAAUGAAGUAUUUAAAUGGAUUGUUUCAAUGAUGCGCAGUUAGUUAGCGUGCUAGCUUGUUAGCUCUGUGCCGACAUGACAAAACAUCUGCACAGCUGUGUCAGUAUGAUGUCCUCAUGGCUCCAGUCAACCCCCACCGUGCAGCAGUUUAACUCCUACUGAGGAGCUGCCGUAACACUGGAUGCUGACACACAGCUAACACGCUAAGCUAAUAAGCUACGACAGCUUCCAUCCAAUCAGAGCUCAGUUCUGUGAGGCGGCUGUGUUGCUGGUUGGUGAUGUGUCAAAGGUCCAGUUUGAACAGACGCUCUUCGCCGUCACCAGGGAAUCCAGUGAGUUCAUCGCGGUGAACUGAUUCCCCGUGUGCUCUAAGGUGUGUUUUGCUUUGUGCUGCUCGUCUCAUCAAACAGGUGAAAUCACUGGCUCAACAGCUGAUUGAUGAAUCUCAGUUGACAAGACUGAACACUUUAUCCUGCAGCCAACGGCGCAGGGCAGAGAGCACACUGAGGAGUGUCGGCUAAACUAAUGACCAGCAGGGGGCGACUGCACUGGCUUCAAACAGAAGUCUGAUUGUAUGCGAGCUUACAGGAAAACGAGCUUCUCAGAUGAUUUGCUCAUACGGAAGUACAGAUUAGAAGCACUGAAUGAAACACUGCAGGCUGUUGGGCUGAGCGGAUGCCGAGCGUACAAAGUCCAGGACUGUCACUCCAGAAUCAGGGUCUGAAUCCCGUCUGAGGUCCGCUUUAGACAGUUAAAGCUCUUUGGUGAAAGUUAGGAAAAGAUCCGGAUUUUGAUUACGUGUUUUGAAAAAUCAGUUCCUCAUUUAAUCUUCAUGAUUCAUGAAUACGCACACAAAUUUUCCAUUUUUAGUUUGUGCUGACAUGAAAUGUAAUCAUGACGUGUCAUCGCUAUUUCACGAACUGCUGUGAGACUGCAUUGUCCUCUCCGAGGUGUGUUGGAAUACAGGAAUACUCUGGUACAAGUACCUCAAAACUGUACUAAUGUACGGUACCUGACUGACUCUGUGUCUCUCAGCAGUCUCUGUCUCAGCUGUCUCUGUGUCUCCGCAGGUCAGCAGGAGGACCAAUCACUGAGCUCUCUGCUGGUCUUUCAGGUGUGUUCCUCCGCAGCAGGUAAUCAGUACAGGUCACAUGAUGAACUCCACCUUCUCUCCAUCAUCUUACUUGAGCUUCAGUCUGUCUCCCUCUGCUGCUCACCGUGAGGACUCUCUGUCCGGCUCCGUCCCCUUCCUCCUCUACCCCUCCAGCAUGGACCCCUAUAAAGGUCCGAUGAGGGCCCCCGGCCCUGGGCUGCUGCCCUACCUGGCCCCCUUCCAUCACCACGGGCACUUCAGCGUGUAUGAGUGUCCCUUCGAGCCGGCGUUCAUCCAGAAACGUAACGAGCGAGAGCGCCAGAGGGUGAGGUGUGUGAACCAGGGUUACGCCAAACUGAGGGACCACCUGCCGGGCCAGAGCACCGACAAGAGGCUCAGCAAGGUGGAGACGCUGAGAGCCGCCAUCAGGUACAUCAAAUACCUGCAAGGCCUGGUGGAGCUGGAGGACGGCAGAGUCAACAGUUCGUCUCCUGGACCAGACUGUGGAGGACAGUCUGAAGGAGUCCACUCCGAGGUCAUGGUUUAACAACGCCACCUUCAACUUCCUGUUUGACUUGAACUACAUGAAGACAAUCCAUCACAGCAAACACACGCUGACUUGAACACUCAUGUUUCAUCAGAAAAGAAUCAAACGCUGCAUUGCUGUGUGUUUCUGUUAGAGUCUGACGGACAGAACAAACUGAAUACAAGAAUAAAACCAUCAAAAACAACUUCAAGUGAGACUGAAAGCUCAGUUUUGAUCCUAAAAGUUUGACAAAUAAAAAAGGGUCUACUUACUACUACU